AGACUAAAGGACUACCCUCAGUACUGUCAGCACCUGGCUUCAAUUGGUCACUUCUUGCAAUUCCCCCACCAUUUACAAGAGUAUAUUGAGUAUGGACAACAGUCACGGGACCCUCCAGUGAAGAUGCAGGGGUCCAUCACCACACCUGGGAGCCUGGCUCUAGUACAAGCCCAGGCACAGUCGCAGCAACCUGCCGGCCUUAAAGCCCCACAGCCAGGCCAGCCCAGCACCCUCGUCACAACCACCACGACUACAACCACAGCCUCUAAGACGUCCACGAUCGCAAGGCCGACAGCCACUAACUUCAAGAAGGAUGUGCCUCCCUCCAUAAACACUACCAACAUCGACACCCUGCUGGUGGCUACUGACCAAACGGAAAGGAUCGUAGAACCUCCGGAGAAUGUCCAGGAGAAGAUCGCUUUUAUUUUCAACAACCUUUCUCAAUCCAACAUGACUCAGAAGGUUGAGGAGUUGAAAGAGACGGUGAAAGAGGAGUUUAUGCCCUGGGUGUCUCAGUACCUGGUGAUGAAGCGAGUCAGCAUCGAGCCCAACUUUCACAGCCUCUACUCGAACUUUUUGGACACACUCAAGAACCCCGAGUUUGUGAAGAUGGUUCUUAAUGAAACCUACAGGAACAUCAAGGUGCUUCUGACCUCAGACAAGGCAGCUGCCAACUUCUCUGAUCGCUCCCUGCUGAAGAACCUUGGCCACUGGUUAGGCAUGAUUACACUGGCCAAAAACAAGCCUAUCCUUUAUACAGAUCUAGAAGUAAAGUCUUUGCUACUGGAAGCUUAUGUGAAAGGCCAGCAGGAGCUGCUCUAUGUGGUUCCCUUUGUGGCCAAAGUUUUGGAAUCCAGCGUGCGAAGCAUGGUUUUCAGACCCCAGAAUCCUUGGACUAUGGCCAUCAUGAAUGUUCUCGCUGAGCUGCAUCAGGAACAUGACCUCAAGGUAAUAA